GCUGCGCCCUUCCCUCCACUCAUUCGUUCCGCGACGCGUCGUCUCGUCGGCCGGCUUCCGCCACUUACUCACCCGGGCUCAUUCUCGACGCGUCCGUUAAGCGCAUCGCUCACACCGCAGCCCUUACAGCAAACAAAUAGACAUGACGGAAAGCACAGAAACCACGGCGGCCCCUGCGGCGGAGAAGACUCCCACUGAAAAUGGCACCACCGAAACCCCGCCGGAGGAGACUCCUGAAAAGGCAUCCGAGGAGAAAGAAAAAGAGACCCCUCCGCCCAAAGAAAUGCGCGCCGUCGUCCUUACCGGCUUCGGUGGACUCAAAACCGUCAAGAUUCUUAAAAAACCGGAGCCGACUGUCGGAGAGGGCGAGGUGCUGAUACGUGUAAAAGCUUGCGGUUUGAACUUCCAAGACUUGAUAGUGCGUCAGGGCGCCAUCGACUCCCCGCCAAAGACUCCAUUCAUCCUCGGGUUCGAGUGCGCUGGUGAGAUCGAGCAAGUCGGCGAGGGUGUGACCAACUUCAAGGUUGGCGAUCAAGUAGUGGCCCUUCCGGAGUACAGAGCAUGGGCGGAGCUAGUAUCUGUGCCGGCUCAAUACGUGUACGCCCUGCCCGAGGGUAUGACUGCGCUGGACGCGGUGGCGGUCACCACCAACUAUGUGGUCGCUUACCUGCUGCUCUUCGAGAUGGCCAAUCUCACUUCGGGCAAGAGCCUACUUGUGCACUCCGCUGGCGGUGGCGUUGGCCAAGCCGUGGCACAGCUGGCCAAGACCGUGGACAACGUUACGGUGUUCGGCGUGUGCUCCAAGACGAAGCACGAAGCGCUAAAGGCAAACAACAACAACAUCGACCACCUACUCGAGAGGGGCAGCGAUUACACUAAUGAAGUCAGAAAGAUUUCUCCUGAUGGUGUGGAUAUUGUGCUGGACUGCCUGUGCGGCGAAGAAUGCAACCGCGGCUACCAGUUACUGAAGCCUAUGGGCCGUUAUAUUCUCUAUGGUUCAUCUAACAUCGUGACCGGUGAGACAAAGAGCUUCUUCAGCGCCGCUCGUGCUUGGUGGCAAGUGGACAAGGUGUCUCCGAUCAAGCUGUUCGACGAGAACAAGAGCCUGGCGGGUCUGAACCUGCGGCACCUGCUGUUCCAGCACGGGCGUGCGGACUACGUGCGCCGCGCUGUAGAUAACGUAUUCGCGCUCUGGGGCCAGGGCAAGGUCAAGCCGCUCGUCGACUCCACCUGGGCACUUGAAGACGUUGGCGAGGCUAUGCAGAAGAUGCACGACCGCAAGAACAUUGGCAAGCUCGUUCUCGAUCCUUCUCUCGAGCCGAAGCCGAAGCCCGCCACCCCCGCCAAGGGCAAGGCCGGCAAGGAGAAGAAACCCGCCAAAGAGAGCUCCGAAGAGAAGAAGGACAAGGAAGCCAAGGACGAGGACAAGAAGGCGGCGGAAGACGGCCAGAAGAACGGCGAGAAGAACGGUGAGGAACCACUCACUAACGGUAACAGUGACGAAGAGUCGAAGGAGAAAGAGAAGGAGUCUAGCUGAAUUCGUCCAGAAGCCUGGAGCCAACGAACCACCGCCGAUUCAUUAUUUUAGAGUUGAAGCUGAUGUUAGGAUGGCACGCAUCGCCACCGCCACCGCUUGCACACGGCGCGCGCGCGCGGCCGCCAUUACUGUGUUGCCUCAUGUUUUAUUAUGUUUAAUCUAAAAUAAAUAAGUCUGAGCGCGGCCCUGUUCAAUUCUUUUAUAGCUUUCAAACAUUAACAGAAUCGAACACGGUCGAUAAUUU